AUGAACUUUCAAUUAGUUUUAUUGCUUGUUUGUAAUAUCUUGUUCUUAACAAACAAAAAAAGUGAGGCUGCACUUAAGGAAGGAGAUUGUGAAGUGUGCAUCAAAGAGAUUGAUGCUUUUAUCAAAACUUUAUCACCAGAGAUGAAAUAUAAGGAAGAUGUCAUCACAGAGGAAUAUAAGAAAUUCUGUAAAAAAGCAAAAAGCAAGAGAGAGAGGCUGUGCUAUUACUUAGGAGGUUUGGAGACGUCAGCUACCAAUAUUGUAAAGCAAAUGUCAAAACCAUUGAGUUGGGGAUUGCCACCUGAAAAGAUUUGUGAAAAACUGAAAAAAUUUGAUUCACAAGUCUGUGAAUUGAAAUAUGACAAAACAAUUGACUUGGCCAAGACAAACCUCAAAAAAUUGAAAGUGAAAGACCUGAAGAAAAUUUUGUCUCAAUGGGGAGAAGAUCAAGCAUGCAAAGGAUGUGCAGAAAAAUCAGAUUUUAUUAAAGUUAUUGAAGAACUGAUGCCUGUUUAUGCACCAGAAGCAUAUGCAUCUCGGCAAAAAGCUGAAUUAUGA